CACGACCAUUCCCACCUCAAAACUCACCACGAAUUUAAGCUCCGAUCCCGCUCCUCAAACCCUAACCCUCCUCCUCGUCUUCGUCUGCUACAUUCGAGCCCGACAAUGGCGGAUAAGAUCGUGGUGGUGUUAGACUUCGACAAGACGAUCAUCGACUGCGACAGCGACAACUGGGUCGUCGAUGGCUUGGGCGCCACCGAGCUCUUCGAGCGCCUCCUCCCCACAAUGCCGUGGAACUCUCUCAUGGAUAGGAUGAUGAGGGAGUUGCAUUCACAGGGGAAGUCCAUUGAGGACAUUGCUGAGUGCUUAAAAAAGGCUCCUUUGGAUCCCCACGUCAUUGAUGGCAUUAGAUCAGCUUAUGCUAUGGGGUGUGAUCUGAGGGUGGUGAGUGAUGCAAACCUCUUCUUCAUUGAGACAAUACUCAAACACCAUGGGAUCCUCGAGUGCUUCUCUGAGAUCAACACUAACCCUAGCUAUGUGGAUGAGGAUGGGAGGCUUAGGAUUUUCCCCUACCAUGAUUUCAACACUUCUCCCCAUGGAUGUAGCCUCUGCCCUCCUAACAUGUGCAAGGGUAAGAUCAUUGAACGUAUCCGCGCAUCGGUUACGGCCGAGGGGAAGAAGCACUUUAUCUACCUAGGUGACGGAAAGGGAGACUACUGUCCUUCUCUUAAGCUAAGUGAAUCAGACUACGUGAUGCCGCGGAAGCACUUCCCUCUAUGGGACCUCAUCAGAAGCAAUCCUCAGCUUCUCAAAGCAGAGAUUCAUGAGUGGAGUACCGGCGAGGAGCAAGCGAGGAUUCUCAAGCAGCUGAUCAAUAAGGCAAUUGUUGCAGAUUUGAUGUCGGUCGAGUUCAAGUUUGACUCGAUCCCUUUGUCGCCAAAGGAAACCAGGCCCGUGGCUCUACGGGUUCCUCACUAACCAAAUUGACUCUGAUUUGAGUAUAACUGAUGAGAAAUUAGGCUAUGUUAUGUAGUUUUUAUUUUUAAUUUUAAUUUUUUAGGCAUUGCAUAUGUGUUGAUAUGCAAUUGAGGGGAGAAACAAACAGGAAAGUAUUGUCUUCGGUGGCUAUUAAAUGACGAAUGGAAGUAACUUGGCAUUUACGUUUGAAACAAACAUGCUAUUUGCAUUCAAA